GAUGUGGAUAUAUUAGGACAAACACUAGCUGGAUGUGACUUAUCGCAAGGCGACUUUCUUAAUGGUCUAUCCAAACGGACGCUGCACGGUUUCUAUUUAAAUUUGGCAUCAUCGAUUCGAUGUGCAUCGGAAUCCUCGCCCAACGCCGAGCUGAUUUCCUCACUAAUUCAAGCAUCAAAUAAUGCAUCACGUUGGGAGACAUUUUUGAAAGAUGUGCGUGAAUAUGAGGAGAAAAAUCGUGGGGACGACACCGGAAUCACUCCCCCACCAGCUAGCAAUAUUGUAGACACAGCGAAAAUUGAUGCCUGUGACAUGCCCGAUCAAAUGGUCAGUAAUGCAACACAGUUAUUGGCCGAAUAUGAGCAGUAUCUGGUGCCAAAAGCGUUGCCAGAAGAAGUUCCAGUAUUAUUUCCUUGCUCCUCGCAUGAUACCGAGUAUGUUUCAAUAAAUAGUUUUUUUUUUUUUUCACUUAUUUCUGUUAAACCAUAA